AUGAGGAAGGUGAAUAAGUCUCUGGAGCUGACCCAGGACGAGUCAGAGGCCGUCUCGCAACUCGUCAUUCCAGCUACCCGAUACGGCGAGUCGAGCUUCUACGAUGCUUUCGCUCUUCGAGGCAUCCGACUGGAUCGAGUCGAACCCGGAGCACUCGUCGUCUGUUCUUUCAAGGUCCCUCCCCGCCUCACCGAUAGAAGUGGAAAUUUGGCUAACGGUGCAAUUGCAAACCUUGUUGAUAUAGUUGGUGCUGCCUUAGCUUAUGUUCCAGGCCUCUCUAUGAAUGUUUCUGUGGACAUUUCCAUCUCCUACAUGUCAACAGCCAAACUUCAUGACGAGCUAGAGAUAACUUCAAGAAUGUUAGGACGAGUAGGAGGUUGUUCUGGAACAAUAGUCAUUUUAAGAAAUAAAACAACUGGGGAAAUUAUAGCUGAAGGUCGACAUUCAUUGUUUCGUUCACAUGUUGGUCCCAUUCCCAAACUGUGA